UAUUGAACACUGUAUGUCCGAAGAUUUAAAAAAACUGUAUCUUAACAUUCCUUGCCGAGUGUACUGACUUUAUUACGUUGUUGUUGUUGUUUGAGAUUAAGCUGGGUUUAUGCCAGCACGGACUCUUGCUCAAGAGCAGCCCGUAGGAGACUUUAUUGCAGGGAGAAAAUGCCACGCAAGAAGGCAUCACGUGCUCCUAGUCGAGCAAAGCCAACAAUGCCAGAUGAUUCCAUAUGUAUGCCAGAUAUGGAAGUUGAUCAGCGUAAGAAGAAGCUAGAACUUUUGUUGAAGGAUUUUGAUGUGCAAGUUGCAGAGAGAGUAACAGAAAUGGAGAAGAAUAUGCAAGCCAUUCUGGAGUCCAUUUGCAACAUAUACAAGAGAGAUAUUACUCGUUACCCUGAGGCAACUCGAAAGAUGUUAUGGAGUGACUAUAUUAAGCAGGAUAAAGAACCUAAAGUGAAAGUGAGGGAAAGUGUGGAUAAUUUACUCAAUUCAGCUGAUAUUAUUAUUGCCUCUACUAAAGCCAAAAAAGGUCCUGGAAGACCCGCUAACAAGAAUAAUGGUAUAGUACCAUCAUCUGCAUCCAAAAGUACAAGAAGUAACAGACAGAAGAAUGUUUUGGGAACCAGUCAGGUUGAUAAUAUGCUUCCUCCACUUUCAACUACCAGAGGUCUACGCACAAAAAAAGUAAAUUUAGAUGUGCCUUUUACUCCUGCGGGGCAAGGCAUUGAUACUUCAUUCAUGUCAAAGUUUGUAACUCCCAAAUUUGACCCUCGCACUCCUCUGCCUCCUGGAACAAUUAAAAGAAAACCCAGAAUGGGAGAAAUUGCAAUUUCUCUCACAGGAUCUCCCCUGCAAGUGUCACCAAAGGGCUGGUUCUCAACGCUUUCAACAGAUGACAUUGACGAAAAAACUAGAGAAGAAUUGAAGGAGUUCCAUGAACGUGUUGGAAAAUUACUCAAUAUUUGAAGUGAAUGGUUUUGUUAAGUACAUAUUUAAUGGUAACCCACAUGUAUAUAUUUUGUAUUUUUUGUAUUCAUGAAGACUUACAAUCUACAUGUAUGUACCAGUUUUUUACAAUUCAAACAUUACCUUUUCUUUUAAUAUUUUGCUCCUUUUAAUAUUUUGCUCCACAAGUCUUGGUGUUAUAUAUAGGGUGUAAGAGUAUAGAUUAUAUGAAAAGAUUCCUUUCAGUUACAUUUAGCUUUAGUUAGGUUGUUGGUCAUUGUACCAGAUGUUGAAAUAUAUGCAUACUGCAUGCACUAGACAUCAUUUGUGACUUCAAUUUUAUCAUGACCGAGUUCUGUACUGAACAUUAAUUGAGGUUUAUCUGAAAUCUUACAUGUUUAUACAAUAAACAUUUAUUUCAACUAGGUUUCCUAAGUGUUCUUUUGAUAAAUUUAAUGAUGUUGCAGGACCAAGACCUCUCACCAUCAUAGUAAAGGAAGGGCCUUAUCUUUCCUAUUUUUUAGACACUUCCAAGGCCUUUCUUUGGUUCAGCUGUAAGCACUUGUUGGGAGACAAGAAAAUAAUGAAGGGAAAACCUGAUUUAUAUAUGUUAGGGAAAACCUAAUUUAUAUAUGUUAAAGAUGAAUAUUUCUCACAGAAUGAACACAAAACUUCUCACAACAUAUAAAGAUGACCGAAAAGGACUUUGCGGGUAUCAAGUAUUCCAGUCCAUGUCACAUAUUUGGCCUUGUUUUAUUUCUGUUAAAAGUCAUGAUUUUUGUUAUUACCAGUUGACAACAAAUAUUACUGUCAUACCUAUAGAAUUUUUAUGCAAGGAUUUCUUUAGGUUUUCUUUUGCUUAGAGUUACAUUGAUUUUCUUAAAAUCUUUGUAUUAUAGUGCUCAUUCUAUCAGAAUGGCCCUGUUAUCAAAGUUAGCUUCAUACACCCAGAUCUGUCUUUGCUUGUCACAUCAUGAAAGAUCUUUCCUCUUUAUAAUUGCUGCUUGUACAUUUGUUCUGCCACCCAUUACUGUCUCUUUAUGUAUAUCCCUUCCCAAGUGUGUCUAAACUCCUCUGUUGCCUUUUGCAUGCUUUCUUUCAUAGCUUUCCACACACUAUAUACCUUUUUCAUGUAUUCUGACACUUCCUUAAUAACCUUGGAGUCUUCUUAGUUUUGAUGUUAUCCUUUUAAAUCUCCCUUAAUUUAACAGACACCAGUUUUUGUGUGAGGCAUGUUUUACCUGGUGUAAUAGUGCCAUUCUUUUCUUUGAUGUAAUCAAGUCUCAUUAUAAAAUAAGUGUGUCUGGUCUCAGUUCCAUUGCUGCUUAUCUUUCAUGUUUUCUCCCCAAAGUUUUAUUCUCUUUAUCCCAUCACAUCCUUAAAUGUCUUUCAGGGCAGCUGCAUUUUACUAGGUGGCCCUUUGACUGGCACAACGUCAUUGUGUCUGAUAAAAUUUCCCCAAAUUCUUUUUCAGGUCCUUUUAGUGAAUUUAAUAAAAAUUCAUCAAAAUUUUUUUUAAAUAUAGUUUUUGUGUAAUGGGUUUUGUCAAUGUGUAGUAUUUUAAUUUUGUCAGCCACCCUUUUUGCUUGUGCUUAUGUAUCAAAUUUCAUUUUUGUUUGCUUUACUCAUUUGUAUUCUUAAAUAUACACUACAUACCAGU